CGGCGAGACGGCGAUUCGCUUUCAUUCCGUUGUGAACGAUGGCACCAAGGCAAGUUGAAGACUGAAGAGGGCAACCCAGAUGAAGAAAUGCUUGGCUCUUGGUAAAGCUUCCUCUUUUACUAUCGGCAAUUGCCAAUGUGCUAGUUAAUUCGAUUCUUUGUUUCUGGAUACAUACAUGCGGUUGGUAUCGAGGGAUUUCCAUAUUCACGAGCAAUUCGUCUGGUGGGUUUUCUUGAUAUGCUACUUUGACGGCUGAGAUGAGCUUUUCAACGGUGAGUAAUUUGGGUUCUCUCGUUAACUUGAAGAAAUUCCAUGGGAGAACUGCUGCGGAGUUUCGGUCAUCAGGUAGGAAAUGGAGGUUUGGUGUGAAUUUCAAUUGUCGGGAGUCGCAGCCUUGCCGCCGGAGGAAAAGGUUGCUGUGCAAGAGUGAAGUUGAUGAUUUUGAGGAGAGGACGAGUCCGCAUGAGAUCAGAAAAGAGGUAGAGCGAUGUUACGAUCUCAUCAAUCGAAUUGGAAGGGGAACUGUUUAUCUGGGUUCAUCACGAAUGGGACCAGAUCAUCCACAUUACUUGAAAGCAUUUGAGCUUGGGAGACAGAUUGCUGAGCUUUUGGAGUGCACGUCAUGGACAGGGGCUGGUCCAGGUCUAAUGGAUGCUGCUACUAAGGGCGCAUUGCAAGCAGGAAAGCCUGUUGGUGGAUUUAAGAUCGGUAAAGAAGCUGGGGAAUGGACGGCCUCAAACUUUCAUCCUUACCUACCCACAGAAACCUAUCUAACAUGCAGGUUCUUCUCAGCCAGAAAACACGGGCUGGUAGAUGCUGCAGUGAGGAACAAGGCUACUGAUCGGACUGCUGUGGUUGCUCUCCCUGGUGGGAUCGAUACUCUAGACGAGAUGUUUGAGAUAUUAGCAUUGAUUCAGCUGGAAAGGAUUGGGUCAGAGCUUCCGGUACCCUUCAUCGUGAUGAACUAUGACUCGUUUUACAAAAAGCUGUUGGAGUUUCUAGAUGAUUGUGAGUACUCGGGCACUGUUUCGAGAGGUGAGGUUGCGUCGUUGUGGAAGAUAUGCGAGAACAACUCGGAAGCUCUAGCUUACUUGGCUGAUUUCUACCACCUAUCUCCCUUGGACUGACUGUGAAAGGGCAUUAACCGUGUGCUCAGAAGUGCCACUUUACUUUUGAGCCAUCUUUGGCUAGUCCCAGGAAGUACCUAUUCUUUUUUUUUUUUUUUUUUUUUUUUACUUGUAACAGAACUACAGAAGGAAGUACCUACUCGAAUUCGGAAAAGCAAGCAGGAGAUAGAACUAGCUAAGCUUUGACUGAUCUAUGUCUAUUGUUGCCAGUCGUUUCUAUCCUUGACUGAUAUGGCAAACAAAACAUCAAAGUUUCA